AUGGAGUAUAAAUUCACAGGCAAGCUACAAAUAGCGUCUCUUAACAUAAAUGGUAUGAAAAACAAGCUGACGGUUCUCCUAAGGAUGUUAGAAGCUGAGAAAAUCGAUAUUAUUGGCAUUCAGGAAACCCACUUUCCAGGAGUGAAUACAGCUACUUUUAAUGACUAUAAAACUUUCUGCUCGGGCACCACCUUGAAUAGUUGGUCUGGGAUAGCGUUCCUUAUAAAUAAGCGUAUGCAGAAAUACAUAAUCAAAUUCGUUCCGGUAUCAGAUAGAUGUGGACUGUUAUAUUUGAACACGAAUUUUAGGCCCACAAUAAUCAUUAAUUUUUAUGUCCCUCCCAAUAGGAAUGAGAGAUCAAGUUUCGUUGAUUCUAUGAUAAACACGAUACACUCCCUACCGGGAAGAUAUAAUAUAAUUAUCUUAGGAGAUUUUAACAUGAAAUUUGGCAAAGAAGAUGAAUAUGUAAAUAGUAAUGUUAUUGGGCAUGCUAAAAUACUACAACGAAAUUGUGAACAUAGUAAGAAACUCCUUGAUUUCUGUAAGAACAAUAAUUUUAAGAUCGAAAAUACUUUUUUUAGCCACCGUGAAAGUAACACUUACACCUUUGUAAGGGCUCAGCAAAAAUCCCAAAUUGAUUUUUUCAUUUCGAAUGUUCACCGGUGGUUUGAUGAUGUAAAAGCACUAACAAAUAUCAACAUAUCAGAUCACAGAGUGCUCAGAGCAAACAUUACAGUUAAAAACCUAUGGAGUUAUCACAGUGGAAGUAGACAAACUUCAAUUGGUCCUAAUACUAAUCUCUCGCCCACAAAUAUAACACGUAAACCCAUUAAAGUACAAACACCAGAAGAUGCGAGACUGUUCGAUCAAAUAUUAAUUAGAAAAGUAGCUAACUUUGUAAAUAUAACUAGACAGGAAAAUGUAGAAGCAUGUUGGAAACUUUUUAAAAGUGGUCUUACAGAAUCAUACAACGUUUUGCCAAACGCGACUCCUUUCUCUAGGAAAGAAUGGAUGGCUAAUGACACUCUAGAGAAAAUAAAUUUGUUAAGAAGCGUGAACGGCCCAAAUAGCGACUUAUGGAAGGAUAUACAGAAACUACUACGCAGAGAUAGACCAAUAUAUAUCGCGAGGAAAGCCUUUGACAUUGAAAGGGAUAUGAAGGAAACAGGAUAUAUGACGCAUAUAAAAAAUUAA